AUGUCCUAUAAGAGGCUCUUGCCUCUUCAUCACGAGAACGCCUCAACACUUACUCAAGCUGUCUUAGCUCUUGUCUUUUCCGUCACCGCUCUUCUGUAUACCCAGGAGCCUGCGGGGCACAGAGAGGCUGUUUGUCUGCAGAAAAGACCUGAGAAAGAACCACAACAGCUCCAAUUGGAACAGGAACAGCAAAUAAGGAGGAAUAGAACAAGAUGGAAGAGGAGGAAUGAAUCUUCUGCUUCUCAGGGUGCUGAAUCCCAGGACAUCCUGCCAUACUGUGGAAGAAUCACUUGCCCUGUGUGUAGAAAAGAAUUCCUUUACCAAUCACUGUUUGAUAUACAUUGGAGAAAACACACAGGGGAUAAACCACAUCAAUGUGUGGACUGUGGAAAGAGCUUUGCUCAGAGUUGGCAGCUUACUGUCCAUCGACGUAUCCAUUCAGGGGAGAAACCUUUUAAAUGUGUGAACUGUGGAAAGAGCUUUGCUCGGAGUACACAGCUUACUGUCCAUCGACGUAUCCAUUCAGAUGUGAAACCUUAUAAGUGUGAGGACUGUGGAAAGAGCUUUGCUCGGAGAACAGAUUUUAAUGCCCAUCAACGUAUCCAUUCAGGGGAGAAACCAUUUAAAUGCGUGGACUGUGGAGUGUCCUUUACUUGGAGUGCGCAGCUUACUCUUCAUCGACAUAUCCAUAAAGGGGAGAAACAAUGUAAGUGUGAGGACUGUGGAAAGAGGUUUGCUCAGAGUACCGAUUUUAACAUCCAUCAAUGUAUCCAUUCAGGGGACAAGCCAUAUAAUUGUGAUGACUAUGGAAAGAGCUUUGCUCAGAGUACAGAUUUUAACAUCCAUCGACGUAACCAUUCAGGGGAGAAACCAUGUAAAUGUAUGGAGUGUGGAAAGAGCUGUGCUCAGAAUAGGCAUCUUACUGUCCAUCAACUUAUCCAUUCAGGGGAGAAACCAUUUAAAUGUGUGGACUGUGGAAAGAGCUUUGCCCGGAGUACGCAGCUUAGUGUUCAUCGACGUAUCCAUACAGGAGAGAAACCAUAUAAAUGUGUAGACUGUGGAAAGACCUUUGUUCAGCGUACACAGCUUACUGUCCAUCGACGCAGCCAUACAGGGGAGAAACCAUUUAAAUGUGAGGACUGUGGAAAGAGUUUCGCUCGGACUGCACAGCUUACUGUCCAUCGACGUAGCCAUACAGGGGAGAAACCAUUUAAAUGUGAGGACUGUGGAAAGAGCUUUGCUCAGAGUACACAGCUUACUGUCCAUCGACGUAGCCAUACAGGGGAGAAACCGUUUAAAUGUGAGGACUGUGGAAAGAGUUUCGCUCGGAGUACACAGCUUACUGUCCAUCGACGUAGCCAUACAGGGGAGAAACCAUAUAAAUGUGCGGACUGUGGAAAAAGCUUUGCUCAGAGUGCAUACCUUACUGUCCAUCGACGUAUCCAUGCAGGUGAAAAACCAUAUAAAUGUGUAGACUGUGGGAGGAGUUUUGCUCACAGUUCACAACUUACUGUCCAUCGACGUAGCCAUACAGGGGAGAAACCGUAUAAAUGUGUAGACUGUGGAAAGAGCUUUGCUCGGAGUACACAGCUUACUGCCCAUCAACGUAUCCAUACAGGUGAGAAACCAUAUAAAUGUGUGGACUGUGGAAAGAGCUUUGCUCGGAGUACAGAGCUUACUGCCCAUCGACGUAUCCAUACAGGUGAGAAACCAUAUAAAUGUGUGGACUGUGGAAAGAGCUUUGCUCAGAAUAUGCAGCUUACUGUCCAUCGACGUAUCCACACAGAGGAGAAACCAUAUAAAUGCGUGGACUGUGGAAAAAGCUUUGCUCGGAGUACACAGCUUACUGUCCAUCAACGUAUUCAUACAGGGGAGAAACCAUAUAAGUGUGAGGACUGUGGAAAGAGCUUUGCUCGGAGAACACAGCUUACUGCCCAUCAACCUAUACAUUCAGGGGAGAAGUCUUUUAAAUGUUUAGACUGUGGAAAGAGCUUUGCUCGGAGUGCAAACCUUACUGACCAUCGACGUAUUCAUAUAGGGGAGAAACCAUAUAAGUGUGAGGACUGCGGAAAGAGCUUUGCUCGGAGAACAUAUUUUAAUGCCCAUCGACGUAUCCAUUCAGGGGAGAAACCAUUUAAAUGCGUGGACUGUGGAAUGUCCUUUACUUGGAGUACACAGCUUACUCUUCAUCGACAUAUCCAUAAAGGGGAGAAACAAUGUAAGUGUGAGGACUGUGGAAAGAGGUUUGCUCAGAGUACCGAUUUUAACAUCCAUCAAUGUAUCCAUUCAGGGGACAAGCCAUAUAAUUCUGAUGAGUAUGGAAAGAGCUUUUCUCGGAGUACAGCUUUUAACAUCCAUCGACGUAACCAUUCAGGGGAGAAACCAUAUAAAUGUAUGGAGUGUGGAAAGAACUUUGCUCAGAAUAGGCAUCUUACUGUCCAUCAACAUAUCCAUUCAGGGGAGAAACCAUUUAAAUGUGAGGAGUGUGGAAAGAGUUUUGCCCGGAGUACGCAGCUUAGUGUUCAUCGACGUAUCCAUACAGGAGAGAAACCAUAUAAAUGUGUAGACUGUGGAAAGACCUUUGUUCAGCGUACACAGCUUACUGUCCAUCGACGUAGCCAUACAGGGGAGAAACCAUUUAAAUGUGAGGACUGUGGAAAGAGUUUUGCUCGGAGUUCACAGCUUACUGUCCAUCGACGUAUCCAUACAGGGGAGAAACCAUAUAAAUGUGUGGACUGUGGAAAAAGCUUUUCUCAGAGUGCAUACCUUACUGUCCAUCGACGUAUCCAUGCAGGUGAGAAACCAUAUAAAUGUUUAGACUGUGGGAGGAGCUUUCCUCACAGUGCACAACUUACUGUCCAUCGACGUAGCCAUACAGGGGAGAAACCGUAUAAAUGUGUAGACUGUGGUAAGAGCUUUGCUCGGAGUACACAGCUUACUGCCCAUCAACGUAUCCAUACAGGUGAAAAACCAUAUAAAUGUGUGGACUGUGGAAAGUGCUUUGCUCGGAGUACACAGCUUACUGCCCAUCGACGUAUCCAUACAGGUGAGAAACCAUAUAAAUGUGUGGACUGUGGAAAGAGCUUUUCUCAGAGUGCAUACGUUACUGUCCAUCGACGUAUCCAUACAGGGGAGAAACCAUAUAAAUGUGUGGACUGUGGAAAGAGCUUUGCUCAGAGUGCAUACCUUACUGUCCAUCAACGUAUCCAUACAGGGGAGAAACCAUAUAAAUGUGUGAAAUGUGGAAAGAGCUUUGCUCAGAGUACAUACCUUACUGUCCAUCAACGUAUCCAUACAGGGGAGAAAUCGUAAGUGAGCAGGCUGUGGAAAGCUGUGUUCGGAGUAUGGAGGUUACUGGCCUUUAGCAAAUCCAUACCAGGGAGAAACAGUAUUAAUGUGCAGACUGUGCAAAGAGCUUUGCUCAGACUUUUAGUCGUAUUGUCCCUCGACAGAUCCACACUGGAGAGAGUCCAUAUACCUAGAGUGUGAAGGAAACUGAUGAGUUAUGUUGUUUUCUAUCAAAAUAUUCACACUGGAGAAAACAGUCUUUUGAAGUAGUGUGUAGUGCAUCCUUCUUUUAAGUUGGGUGUAUGUGCAAAGGACAAAUGUUAUAUUUCUUUUAUGUUAGAAAUUUUUAAAAUCAUUUUCUAAGUCACCUUUAUCGAUGUGGAAAAGGCAAGUUAUAAAUGCUUUAAUAAAUAAAUUAUUAAAUAAUAAAUAAAUGCUUCCACUGUGGGAACAGCUUCAGCCACAACUCCUCUAUCACCAGGUGUCAUGAAGUAUAUGCAGGAGAGCAAGCUUGCUUCAUGUCAGAGGUGUCAU